AUGUUGUCCAAGACCAAGGUCUACUACUUCCAAGGUGGUAACAACGAAUUGGGUACUGCCGUCGGUAAGUUAUUCAGAGUCGGUGUUGUCUCUAUUUUGGAAGCUGGUGACUCUGAUAUCUUGACCACUUUGGCUUAA